AUGGAUCGGCUACCGGAAGAAGUGGUACUCCACAUCAUCUCUUUCCUGGACAUUCUAGACAUUGUUAAUGUCCAAUCGGUAUCCCAUCGAUAUCUUCUCCUCGGCCGAGACAAUGCUCUUUGGAAGACAGAAACAUUCAGCCACUCAAGAGCGGAAGCUCUUCGUCGGCAGAGGCACCUACUCAAUGCCCAGGACUCAAGGUUGUCAGAACUUCGCAACGCCUUUUCAGCGCUGCCCGGAGGCGACCUGACUCCACUCGAUGUGGCCUUGCUCCGUGGAAGUCCUCAACCUCGAGCGUCGUCCGAUCCACAGGCAGAGGCACGUACGCAGCGUCAUCGAGCACUGGUGAACUGGGAGCCCGACUAUGCUUAUGAGGACUUUGACUACUACGAGGAGUAUAUCCACCGCCAUGGACCGAUCAGUCUUGGCUGGCUGAAGGACUCAAAGCAUGCUCGUUCCGAAACCGGAUCGCAGGCAGAGGCAACGGGGCUUGCCACUCUCUCAGAAAGCCAGUCGGAGCGGCCUGCCAAGGUCGUAGCACCUCUGGCCGAUGGCAGCAUAUCCAUAUGGGACAUCGGCCCUAGGUCCGCAUACUCGUCUAGUAGCAGGGGCAGGCUUGUAGGUCAGAGUAAGCGGGGGUUGCUGACUGGACGACCGGAGAGCGAUAUCACGGAAAAUCACACCAUGAUGACGGAGACUGGUGCCGUUGAGAGCGUCGCUGUGGACAGCACCUCGCAAAAAGGCUACUUCGCCGUCCAAAGCCUACUCCAGGAAGUGGACUUGACCACAAUGCAGCUGGUGUCUACCAAGCAGUAUCCGUUUCCGAUUACGGCACUGUCGGAAGCCAAUGGCCAGUCCCCGAUAACAGUCGGCACGAACAACACUGUUCAUCUAUAUGACCCGCGAGAUCCAGCGUUUAUAACAACAGAAACUGCAACCAGCGGCGAACUUAUCGGAGGCUCAGUGUACUCUCACGCGACCCUUGCUCAGCCUGGUUCUUUGUCUAUCCUUCAUCAUGACAGCACAAGCUCUGAUGACAGCUCCAUCUGGGUUGCUGGUCGAUUCACGUCCCUACUGAACUACGACCGACGUUUCUUUCCUCGUCUCCGAGGCACACUGCAUAGUGGAGCACGUAUUGCGAGCAUGGCCUUUUCGCCCUUCAACGUGGUUGCUCGCGAGCUCGAUCUCGUCCGGAAUCCAGAUGCCUCCAUUUCCUCCUUGCUCGAAGCACGUAGUCACCCUGGCCCAACGAUACUGGCUGCUGCAGAAUACAAAGGCAAGGGCUCCCUGGAACUCCACAAUGUAUCAAGUGGGUCGUCAUACCAGAAUCGUCAAACUGCAUCUGCAUCCAAGCUGCUCUCCGCUGCACCUCAUGGUGGGCGUAUAGUGUUCAGCGACGGAGACGGGAAUUUGAAGUGGGUGGAGAAAGACGGCUUCUCGUACGUCCGAACCUUUAACAUCCAGCCACCACCCGAUGCAGCAGGGGAUGCCAGCGACUACGGCAUCUGGUCUUCCACGGCCUCGGAGAUGCCCGGUCAAGGCGACAUUGUUCAAAAGAUACUGCCGCUCAAGGCCGCGGCUUCGACCGCGUCAGACAACCGGGCGGACAUCAAUCAAUCCAACCUUUUGCUCUGGACUGGAGACGGAGCUCUUGGCAUGCUUGGUUUUGGCUACAGCGAUGCGCUGGGUGUCGACGACGACUGGCAUGACGCGGUUGAGGCGCGGGCUCAGACUGUCGAGCAGAGGGCGAAGGAGGACGCGGAGAGGCAGUAUGGGAUGGCUAUGAGAAGAGCACUGGAAAGGAAUGCUGACGAGGUGAGGUUUGUGCGCGGACUGGGCAUGAUGAGGUGA